GGAGCUGGAUGGAGCAGCCGGGAAGCCGCCAUCUUAUUAAAGGGAAAGAGCGAGUCUCCCCAGACCACCCCGUGUGCCGCCUGCGAGAGGAGAUGCCGACCAGCUGCGCGGCGGCGGGGUGCGCCGCCGUCUACAACAAGAGCGUCAACGUCAGCUUCCACCGAUUUCCCUUGGAUCCCAAGAGAAGAAAGGAAUGGAUACGUCUUGUAAAACGCAAUAAUUUUGUGCCGGGCAAACACACUUUUCUUUGCUCAAAGCAUUUUGAAUCCUCCUGUUUUGACCUAACUGGACAAACUAGACGACUUAGAAUGGAUGCUGUUCCUACAAUUUUUGAUUUCCCUGCUCAUCUAAAACUCAAGAAACCUAUGUCAAGAAAUCUUCUGAAGAAGAAAGAUGCUUAUGCCCCAGAAGGGGUAUCUAACUUCAAAACAAACAUUAGCUGUAGACAAGUACAACUUGAACACAGUUAUGCUUUCAGAAGCCCCAUGGAAGCCAAGAAAAGGAUAAUUAAGUUAGAAAAGGAGAUAGCAAGCUUGAGAAGAAGAAUGAAGAACUGCAUUCAAAAAGAACAUAGAGCCACACAAAGAUGGAUAGAAAUGACUUGCCUCAUCAAAAACUUGGAAACAAAUAAUAUUUUGCCAGGAGUUGCAUUGGACCACAUUUUACCAAAUGCCUUAAGAAACCUUCCCUUGGAAGACUUCAAAAAUAUUUUACAGGAACAGCAAGAUCAUCUAUAACAGCUUUGCCAAUUUUAAAACUAGACUUCAAAAUUUAAAUUUAUACUGAAUAUAAUGCCAAAAAAAUGUAUCCAGCUUAUUAUGUUUUUCUAAGACAUUCUUGUGGUGGUGAGGGACAACACUGGUUCUUAUAGCUGCUUAAUUAAUUGCAAAUACCCAUCUAUUACUAAUGAAAACUUCACCACAAGUCUUUUAAUUGUGAUAGUAAGUUUUCAAUCAGUUAAUAAGAGUGCCUUAUGCAAGAACUAGUUCUGUGAAUUAAUCAUCUUUCAUUUUUAAAUAAUUGAGGAUUGUGUUUUGGUUGAUGUUGAUUGGUUGGUCUAUUUUUGUAGAACAUCUGAGUAAUUGAAAUGGACCAUUUUUUGAUGGAACACACACUCUAUUCAGAAAUGAAUCAUGGGUGCUGAGGAAGCCUUAAGAACACCAGAUUAUGAGCAUUGAAAAAUGUCAGCUGCUCUAUGUCAAGUGGCAGGACAAGACUCAAAAUGAGGAUAUUUGAAGCCAAACCCAGCAGUCAUCUCCAGCAGCACUGGUUUGGUUUCAGCAGCUUUCUUGAUAUGGAGGUAUUGUCCGUCUCGGAGAUGUUUCAUACAGGUAUACACUACAGGCAUUUUGCUGUACCUUUAUUAAGGUCUCUACCUUCUCCUUUUCCAGUCACUUCUACCAAAGAAGGUUUUUGUCUUCACCUCAAUUUAUUGAUGGGUUCUGGAGCAGGUUAUGUCCUAACAAAAGCAAUACUCGUUAGUCUGUUUUCCAAAAAUGUCAUGUAGACUUAUAAACCAAAUGCUUAUUUUGUAUUAGUUUUUGAACAGAGUAUAGGUUUUAUUUGAAAUCCAGCUUAUUGCAUAAUUAAUCAUUAAACACCAUGCUAUGUAACAGGUGACCUUAAAUCUUGUAUGAUUAUUUUGACAAAGUGCUAUGUUUUUCAUAACUAUUGUGCUAGUUUCAAAUAAAAAUGUCACUUUUCAA